UUGUAACUAAUAUCGAAAUGAAUAAGAAUCGCGGCUGUCAUGGCGGUGUCGAAAUGAAAUUGCGACUGUCGAAAUGAAUUAGAAUCAGGGCCCAGACCAGUGAUGUCAGUUUGGCUGAAAAGUGCAGAGUAGUGAGAGUAGAGUGCAGAGACAAGCGCAAGUACGUAAGGUACUGUAGCUGUCACUAGGUAGUGAUGGUAGUGUGUUUUGGAAGAAGAAGAAGAAGAAGAAGGUGUAAUAAACAUUAAUUCAAAGUUGGUAUGGCACUCACUCCAGUGACAAACAAAACAAUGUCAAAAAUGUUUAAAGCACAACUCGAAUUUUCCGAGCGUCCGGAUUUUUUUUCGCUUAGUACUUAUACCAUGGACAAUUCUUAUUGCCUCUGUGGCCAGCCAUAUGACCCUAACAUCUUCAUGAUCCAGUGCGAUGCUUGUAAAGAUUGGUUCCACAGCUUUUGCUGCAAUUUCCCGGAGUAUACAGCUAUAGAAAUAGACAAAUUUCAUUGCCCCAGAUGUGUCCCAACAUUUGGUCCCUCUAUAACAAAACCCGUGUGCAACUGGCAUCGCCAUGACUAUUGGGAUGAUAAUGCAUCAAAUAAACCAGUCCAAACUGGCACACCAGUUUUCAUUAAAGAAUUGUGUGCUAGACAUUUCACUCCUGAAGAAGAAGUAGUAGUGCAUAUGAGAGGACAACAAUUAAACGAAAUGUUCUUAACUACACAUGGAUUCAAUAAUCCUAUCACCGUAGAUGCAAAAGAUGGAUUAGACUUGACAAUUCCGCCUGACAACUUCAGUGUUUAUGAUGUAGAAUCAUACAUUGGAGGUGAGAUGGAAAUUGAUGUUAUAGAUGUUUGCCGUCAAAGUAACAUUAGGAUGAGGCUGAGCGAAUAUGUAGAAUAUUUCAACAGUUUAAAUCGUACACGAGUGUUAAAUGUUGUCAGCUUAGAAUUUUCAGGCACUGGGCUAAGCCCCUUUAUUGAAGCACCCUUCAUAGCUCGUACAUUGGACUGGGUUAAUCGAGUUUGGCCCUUAAACUAUCCAGGGAAGCCUCAAGUUCAAAAAUAUUGUUUGCUUAGUGUUAAAGGUUCUUAUACCGAUUUCCAUAUAGAUUUCGGUGGGACAACAGUGUGGUAUCAUGUGUUAAAAGGUGAAAAAAUAUUUUAUCUUAUUAAGCCAACUCCUGCCAAUUUGACUCUCUAUUCUCAGUGGAUGACGUCUACUAACCAAAGUGAGACAUUUUUUGGUGAUCAGGUGGAUCAGUGUGUAAAAUGUGUAUUAAAACAGGGUCAAACUAUGCUGGUUCCAACAGGGUGGAUUCAUGCUGUAUAUACUCCAGUUGAUUCUUUAGUUUUUGGAGGAAAUUUCCUUCAUGGUCUUAAUAUUGGAAUGCAAUUGAGCGUUUAUGAGAUAGAAAAGAAAAUAAAAACCGAAAAAAAAUUCCUAUAUCCUAAUUUUGAGAUGAUAAAUUGGUUUGCUGCUGCAUAUUUACUGGAAAAACUUACAGAAAUUAACGCACAGGAAACAAGAUGUCCUGAAUACUUUCUAUUGGGAAUAAAAGCUUUGUUGCAAGCUCUGAAACACUGGAACACAGAAAAAGAUUAUAAUAUGGUAGUACGAGAUCAGUUGCCAGUGACGUUAAAUAUACCCAAACUUUUGAAAGAUGUAGGUAAAGAAAUUCGCCAUGCUGAGAGGUAUAUUAUACAGUUGAAUCCUCCGAAACCUGAAAGAGAAUCUAAAAGAAAAAGAAAAAAACCAGUUAAUAAAGAUUUUGUUGAUUAUUCGUUGUUACCUAAAUCCACAUCCCAAGAUUUUAUGCCACUUAGUGAACUGCCACAAACCCCUACGUCGGCCCCAAAGUAUUCCCGUCAAAGCCCUUUAAAAUUAACCCUCCCCAAAGUAGCUAUGUAUCCAUAUGAAAGAUCUUCUGGAACUUCUUCAGAAGAGAUUCCUGUGAUCGAUCCAACAAAGACCUUGAAUAAUGAAGAAUGGUUAAAUGUGUCUAGGACGAGGCCGAUAGAAACUGUGGCCAUACAUAGAGGUGGAACUGUAUUAAAAUUUAAAUUAGGUGCAAAAGACAUGAUCCCCCAACCUGUUUCUGCGGCACCACCUACAGAUUUUAUGUUUAGAGAUGAUCCUGGUGCUCAGGAUAUUUAUGACUUUCACGAUGAUAGUGAUAGAGAUGAAGACUGCUUUAAUUUCAUGAUUGAUGAAACUCCACAGAAAAAUCCUAAGAAAGGAAAGGCGCGGGCCCCGGGUUCUAAAAAGAACAAGCAUCCUACAACAGUUACCUCAGAUGGAGAUGGAUCGAAUGGAAUAGAAUCUCUUAUACAGGCUUCUGCCUUAUCGGUACCCAGGCCGCCAGUUGGCGGAGCAUCCCCUUCAACCCAAGAAGCCAUUGCCGGUAUGCUCUCUAUUAGUCAGACGUGGCCAAUAAAUAAAUCCCAAAGAAAAAAAUAUAUACAAAGCCCAAUUGAAGAAAAUGUUAGUAAUGUACAUCAAGACGAGGAUUAUAUUUAUCCUUCUUUAGAUAACUCAGAUGAUGAAGAUGUGCACAUCUUCAAACCGAGAGGUAGGUCCAAAGUAGACGAAGCAUGGAAUCCAAAAGCACGAGUUGGACCGUUACUUCCUAAAAUGAAUCGACCUGCGAGAGAAGGAACUAAAAAGCAAUCCGUUGAAAAAGUUCUUGAAGCAGCGGCAGCUAGAAGAAUACUAGAUAUUCCAGAGAGAAUCAAAAUUCCUAAAAGACAGUACAGGCGUAGGAAGAUAAAACCAAAAGUUGAAGCUCGUUUACAACCAAGCAAUACCACCACUGCUGCCGGUCCUUCAACGUCUACCCCCACCACUCCCACUAGCACUAUCACAACACCUAAACCUCGUAAAGGUAUGAAGACUGUCAAACAACGACUAGGUAAAAUCUUGAAGAUUCAUAAGAUGAUACACUAAUAUAUUCUGUAAAUUCU